AUGAAGGCGGCUCUACCCGAAAACGGUAAGCUUUCCAAGGAGCUGAAGGAGUGUAUGCAAGAGUGUGUGUCCGAGUUUAUCCUCUUCAUCACGUCUCAGCUGAGCGACCGGUGUCUCCUAGAAAAGCGCAAGACGAUGAACGGCGAGGAUAUCCUCUGGUCGAUGUACACUCUAGGGUUCGAGCACUACGCCGAGAUGCUCAAGAUCUACUUGGCGAAGUACCGUGAGUUUGAAGCGAUGCAGGCAGCGCAGAGACCUCGGCGGAUCCGCAAAAAGAAGCCCAGAUCGGCACAGCAACCGCAGCAGAGUCUGGACUCCCAGUCGCUGGAAAUGGGGCUGACGUCGGUGCUGCCGGAUAUCCUGCCGGACGAACAAUACCUUGACGAAGUCACGCCUCACCUGGCAGUUGAUGGUGCCCCGCAAUUGCUAUCCCAGCCUCCACCGUACCCUCAGGACCCACCCUAUAAUCCUCAGUACACCAAUGAGGGUUGGUACGACGAGUGGGUGUAA